AUGAAGUUCCCCAAAUUCGAUGAAGGCUUAACCAAAUCCCAAAUGAUUGCACAUAUGCAAGAAUUAGCUUCCAAAAACAAGGUUUGUAAGUCGUUUAAUUGUAUGAGGUAUUACAACACCUCUAUUCCUCCUGUGAUUUUGAGGAACAUUAUGGAAAACCCUGGUUGGUACACCCAAUACACUCCCUACCAUGCUGAAAUUGCACAGGAAAGGCUCGAAUCCCUGCUCAAUUUCCAAACCAUGGUAACAGAUCUUACUGGUUUACCCAUGUCAAAUGCUUCAUUACUCGAUGAAGGAACCGCAGUUGCAGAAGCCAUGGCGAUGUGCAAUAACAUCCAGAAGAAUAAGAAGAAAACAUUCAUCAUCGCAAGCAAUUGCCACCCACAAACGACCGAUAUAUGUAAAACCAUAGCAGAUGGUUUCGAUCUUAAAGUGGUCACAUCAGAUCUGAAAGAUUUCGAUUACUCUUCUGGUGAAGAAGAUGGAUCGGGGUGGCUUUUGACUUUAUGGAGAGAGAGAGAGAGAGAGAGAGGGUGGGCCCCAUAUUUUUAA